AUUUGGCUAUAUGGCACAAUCUACCUCUUCGACGUAAAGGUAUAAACUUUCUUCUUCUUCCUUACGUUCAAAAAUCAUCUCUCUGGCUGCUUCCUCAGCGUCGCAUAGUUUCCUGUUUCUACCAAUUCGUUUCUCGCAGAAGCUCUCAAUUAAUUGAUUAUCUCGCUACGACUCAUGCCCAUAAAGUGCGUUAUUAAAAGGGAAGUCUUUUCUGUUAAAUAAACAGUUUCAAAAGGCUAAGUGUCUAGAGUUUCUGUUGGUUGGUUGAUGUUUUGUGUAGAAUCGAAUAGUGGCAUGUUCAGUGUCUGAUCAACCCAGUGAACACUCUAGUUUUAGUCCUGACUUAAUAAAAAAGACUUUCUUUGAUUAAUGAAAAAAUGACAGAGAUCUUCAGUGACACCACCGGCAUCAGACAGUUAUCUCAGAUGCUACUAUCAUUAACCUUCUUCCACACAUCAGAAUACAUUCUAGCCAUCGCCAUUCACGGAGCCUCCAACGUAUCUCUAACCUCACUUUUGAUCAGCAAGCGCUACGCUUUAGCCAUGCUAUUGGCCCUGGUCGAACACCUUACCGAGAUUACCCUCUUCCCGGAGCUGAAACAACAACACACGUGGUGGGUCAGCAGUUUUGGACUCGUAAUGAUCAUCAUCGGCGAAACCAUCAGGAAAACAGCUAUCAUAACAGCGGGGAGAUCGUUCACACACUUGAUAAAGACCAACCACCACGAGGAGGAGGAUCACAGGCUUGUGACUCAUGGAGUGUAUAGACUGAUGAGGCAUCCGAGCUACUGCGGGUUUCUCGUCUGGUCGGUUGGCACACAGGUUAUGCUGUGUAAUCCUGUUUCAGCUGUUUUGUUCACGGUUGUGGUGUGGCGGUUUUUCGCUGAGAGGAUAGCGUAUGAGGAGUGUUUUCUGAACCAGUCUUUUGGAGUAGAGUAUGUGGAGUAUGCAGAGAGUGUUGCUUCUGGUAUUCCCUUUGUACUCUUGACACUUUAAUCAUAUGUGAGUAGACCAGACCACACAGGCUUUAUCUCAAAGGUGAGAACACAAGCAAACGAAGGAGGAUUCACACAAAUGACACUCCAUUUUAAAGAUUUGUGUAACAGAUUCAAUAACGGUUACAAAAGUGGUGUGUGUGUGUGUGUUUUAAAGACAAGAUUAUAA